CAGGAAGAAAACGACUUGCUGAAGACAACCGUGGCGGAGGCCAAAGCAGCAAUUGCACAGCUGGAGGCCAAGCUGCAAACAGCCAGGAUCCCCAUUCCCCCGCCAGAGAGCGUGCCGGGAAUCAUGCCCACGCAACCCGAGGACUUCUGGAGCCCGGAGUUAGAGGUGCCGUACGAUUACGUGUACACCGACCAGUACGGCAGCAUCAGCCCCAUACCGGGCCACGAUGGAACGGAAUGCUUCACAUGGGACUCGGCGCUGUGGAACUUUGCCGACCAUUUCAGGUACCGGUGGCGGCGACUGCGGGAGAUCAGGAAAGCCAUUGAUGACAACGAGGGGGGCCUGGACAACUUCACCAAAUCCUACAUGCGCUUUGGUCUCAACCGUGGAGAGCACCAGGGUCGGAAGGGCAUCUGGUAUCGGGAGUGGGCGCCGGGGGCCAAGGCGCUGGCCCUGGUGGGCGACUUCAACAGCUGGAGCCCCCGUGACAACCACUGGGCCUUCAAGAACAGCUACGGCGUGUGGGAGCUGUUCCUGCCUGAUAGCCCCGACGGCAGCCCGGCCCUGCCGCACCGCUCCAAGCUCAAGUGCCGGCUGGAGACGGCGGAUGGGUGCUGGGUGGAGCGCAUACCCGCAUGGAUCAGAUGGGCCACACAGGCCUGGAACGAGAUACAGUUCAACGGUGUGUAUUGGGACCCCCCCGAGUCGGGCGCCCCUGGGGAGAUCGACUCUGACAAGAAGUACGUCUUCCGAUACCCCCGCCCUCCCAGACCCCGCGCUCUGCGUAUUUACGAGUGCCACGUGGGCAUGAGCAGUCAGGAGGCCAAGGUGAACAGCUACCUGGAGUUUCGGAGGGAUGUGCUACCCCGGGUGAGGGCGCUGGGCUACAACGCCAUUCAGAUCAUGGCCAUUCAGGAACAUGCCUAUUACGGGUCGUUCGGCUACCACGUAACCAACUUCUUUGCGCCCAGCAGCCGCUGCGGUACCCCUGAGGAGCUCAAGGCGCUGAUUGACGAGGCACAUCGGCUGGGCCUAGUGGUGCUGAUGGACAUUGUGCACAGCCACGCCUCCAAGAACACCAACGACGGCAUCAACAUGUUCGACGGCACUGACGCCAUGUACUUCCACGGCGGCCCGCGGGGCUACCACUGGAUGUGGGACAGCCGCUGCUUCGACUACGGCAACUGGGAGACGCUGCGUUUCCUGCUGUCAAACUGCCGCUACUGGAUGGACGAAUUCAAGUUUGACGGAUUUCGAUUCGACGGCGUCACUUCGAUGAUGUACCACCACCACGGCUUGUCGUACACCUUCACAGGCAACUACGAGGAGUAUUUCGGUCUCAACACGGAUGUCGAUGCCGUGGUGUACCUGAUGCUGGUCAACAACAUGCUUCAUGACAUGUUCCCCAACUGCAUCACCGUAGGCGAGGAUGUGUCGGGCAUGCCCGCGUUCUGCCGCCCGUGGCACGAGGGCGGUGUGGGUUUCGACUACCGGCUGCAGAUGGCCAUAGCGGACAAGUGGAUCGACAUAUUGAAGGGGCAUGACGACUUCGCCUGGGACAUGGGGACCAUCACACACACACUCACCAACCGCAGGUACGCUGAGGCGUGUGUGGCCUACGCAGAGAGUCACGAUCAGGCGCUCGUGGGGGACAAGACCAUUGCGUUCUGGCUCAUGGACAAGGAAAUGUACCACUUCAUGUCCGUUCCUGGCCUUGGUCCCGCCUCCACCAUCAUCGACCGGGGCAUUGCGCUGCACAAGAUGAUCCGCCUGGUGACACUGGCGCUGGGGGGAGAGUCCUACCUCAACUUCAUGGGCAAUGAGUUCGGGCACCCUGAGUGGAUCGACUUUCCUCGCGACAACAGCUACGACCCAUCCACUGGUCGCCUCAUACCGGGCAACGGCGGCUCAUUCGACAAGUGCCGGCGGCGUUGGGACCUCGCUGAUUCCCCCAACCUCAAGUACCGCUGGCUCAACGCCUUCGACCGGGCAAUGAUGCACCUGGACAAGGCUUUCGGUUUCCAGUGCGCCCCCCAUCAGUGGGUCUCCCGAGCUGACUCCUCCGAUAAGAUGAUUGUGUGUGAGCGGGGCGACCUGGUGUUCGUGUUCAACUUCCACCCAGCCACCUCGUACACGGACUACCGGGUGGGCUGCAAUGCCAAUGGACCGUACAAGGUUGUCCUGAGCAGCGACGAGGAGGUGUUUGGGGGCUACCGCAACGCCACUAAGGACGCUGCUGUUACCUUCGUGGCCACCCCCACACCCCACGACAACAGGCCCUCCUCGUUUAUGGUUUACGCUCCCUCCCGCACAGUUGUGGUGUAUGCCCCCGCGGCCUGGGUGGAUCCGGAUGCGGACCGCAAGCCCCACGGCAUCCCGGGGCUGGCAGUAAGAAGCCUUGGACCUUACUACGCGCGGUGA